AUGUCAAAAACGGCGACCGACCGAUACCAGCGCCAGCUCCAGCUCCUCCUCAAAGAGCCCGGAAACGACGAAUGCGCCGACUGCAAAGCUCGCAAUCCGCGCUGGGCGUCGUGGGACCAGGGCGUCUUUCUCUGCGUUCAAUGUGCGUCGAUGCAUCGCAAGAUUGGGAGCCAUGUCACAAAGGUCAAGAGCGUCACGCUCGACAAGUGGACGAAAGAGCAGGUCGAGAACAUGCGCAAGCUCGGCAAUGUCAAGGUGAACAGCAUGCUCAACCCAGACGAGCGGCGGCAUCCGCCGCCUCCGCAAGACUCGGGCGACGAGCGAAACUCGCAGCUUGAGCGGUUCAUCCGGAACAAAUACGAGUACCGGACUUUCGCUGCACCUGCAUCAUCGGCGAACGGAUACUCGAACGGAUCGACCGCUCCACCGCGACCAGCUGCGCCUGGUUCCUCCUUCACCUCGCCUUCGACCGCGGCAGAUCCGGUACCUCCACUACCGCGUCGACCAGCUCAACCUGCCUCCUCCGCCUUCGACGACUUUUCCUCCGCCUUCGGUCCUCCCGCCGCCAGCACGUCUUCCUCGCAGCCUUUCUCUCCCGGUCCUACCCUUCCCCCUCGACCGCCUCUCUCGCACGUCGCCGCCUCUGCUCCCGCUCCCAUCGCCGCCCCAACACCUCGCGCAAAAUCCGUCCGCUUCCCCGAAGCUCCUCCAACCUUCAUCCCUUCUCCACCCGAUUCUGACGACGAAGACGAUGUCGAACCUCACACUUCUCCCCCACGCCCUUCCCUCCGACCUCGCGCCCGCUCCGCCUCCGCCCACCCUCCUCGAAAGGGCAUCCUCCGAUUCCGACCAGGCGGCAACGACGAGAUUCUCGUCGAUUGGGCCGCCUUGACGUCCCCUCCGCCCGGCGCAGACGGGGAGGACGAAGAAGAUGUCCCGCUUGCGAGUUUGGGAGCGUUGGGCAUGAGGGGCGCGCAGGUGGGGAUGGCAGCUGUUCCCGCUCCUCAAGGCGGUGGAUACAUCCCGUAUCCUGGGACGGGGCAGCAGCAGGGGAUGUGGGCCGUCCCGUAUGGCGGACCAUCUGGGCAGGGUCAGGCAGCGCAGGGAGGGAACCCGCCGCCUGUCGCGCCGCUGCAGCCGCAGUACACCGGCUCGGCGAAGGGAUACCUGCAUCAGCAGCGACAGCAGCAGGCACAGGCUCUUCAGCCACAGCAGACAGGCACCGGUAUCGACGCUUUCCAGCAACUGUUCCAGCCACCAGCUCCGUCGCAGCCGCAACAGUCGCAUCAACCGCCUUUCUCGCAACCUCAGCAGCAGUACUCGCAGCUGCAACUCGCGCAACCGCAGGCUCGGACGAAUCCCUUCCAUGCGCACCUCUUCGCGAGAAACGCCUACUCGCCUUCCCCUCAACCUCCUUCGUCUGCACCAUCGCCCCAGCCGCCUCAACCGCCUCAGCAGCAGCAAGCGCCUCCUCAGCAGCCGCCGCUACAGCAACCUCCUCAGCAAGGCCAGACGGCGAAGACGAUGAACGAUAUCUGGGCGGAUCUCGACUUGCUCGGCGGGUCCAGCUUCUCCUCCGCGCCUCAACCUUCAACGUUACACCUCCAGGCGCCGUCCUUCGGCAACGCGCCGACGCCGUCUCCAUCGAUCCAACCGAACCCUCCUGCUCCCGCUCCCCUUCGACCGCAAUUGACCGGCUUCGUCCCGUCCUCCUCCUUCGGCCAACAACUCGCUCGCGAGUCAUCUCCCUUCCCUCCCUCCGCCUCACUUACCGUGCCAAACGCGACAGCCGGCUCGUCGCGCUUCGCCUCUCCCGGACCGUUCGACACGCCCCAACCCCUCCAGCCACAACGAACAGGCUUCGUACCCUCUUCCGCGUUCGGUCAAGAACUCGCGCGCGAUUUUGGCGGUGGAAGCGGUGCGCCGAGUCCGGCACUCAAUGCACCGGCGCCUGCACCGCUUCAACCGCAACGGACGGGUUUCGUACCGAGUUCGAGGUUUGGGCUUGAACUGGCGAAGGAGUCCGGUGGGAAUGCGGCGAACGGUUCACUCCUCGGGACGAAUGGUGCAACGGGAGACGGGCGGAGCGUCUCGCCGGCGCCGUUCGACUUUACCCCUUCGCCCGCUCGAACACCUCAGCCUCCGACGACGAACCCGUUCUCGACUUUCUCUUCCUCGCUCAACGCUGCGCUAUCGCCUUCGCAACCCCCUCCGCCUCAGCAGCAACAGCAAAUGCGGCCAAACCCGUUCCUCCAGCCUCAAUUGACCGGCUUCAACCCGACUCAGCAACCCAUGCGGCCUCAGCAGACCGGCUACUUCCCGACUCCUCAACAACAAAAUAUGCCGCCACAGAUGCAGAUGGGUUUGCAGCCGCAGCUGACGGGCUUCCAGGGAGGAGGAGUCAGACCACCCGGAGGAAACCCGUUCCUGGCGUUUGGGCAGGCGAAUGGCGGGCAGGCGGGGUGGCAGCAGUAG